AUGUUGUUUUGGACUUCAGAGGCGACAACCAUUCAUCUGCUGAACGCUUAUGGAACCUUCAUCGGCCUUACUGAAGAGGAAGCGAAUGCUCUCACAGAUGCCCAAGUCUAUUCGUUGGGAAUAGGCUCUAAAGCCCUCUUCUCGGCAUGGAUAAGCUAUAUAUGCCUGAUAUGGUGUCUGAAGGGCUCAGUGUUAUUCUUCUACAACCGCUUAACGAAGGGUCUAAAGGAGCAAAGACUAGUCCGGUGGCUUGCUAUCGGUGUUGGCGCUUCUUUCCUUGCUAUGAUUUUACAGAUCCUACUUAACUGCCGUCCGAUCCACAGGAACUGGCAGAUCAAGCCUUACGCGGGAGAUCAAUGCACCUUAAUCUACGUGAGAUACUACCUCUUACUCAUUCUCAAUGUCUCCACUGACCUUGGGCUCAUGAUCUUCAUCCCCGCCCCAAUCUUGUGGAAAGCGCAGAUCCCGAUCAAGCGCAAGAUCAUGGUAGCGAUUCUCCUGUUCUCAUCUCUAUUCAUCGUCACCGCCGCCAUUAUCCGCUGCAUCAUGUCCGUCGGCGAUAUUCGUAGGAUCGGAACGUCUGGCGCGUGGGCCAUCCGCGAGACCUUCGUAUCCAUGUUCGUCGUGAACGCUCCCGCCAUCAAGCCGCUGUUCAGCCGCAGACGGCUGCUGGCUCAAGGCAGUAAAAGCGGCGGCAGCGCAUCGCGUACUGGCACAAGCAAGCCGCGGCACACGCAGCGGGGUGAUGAGGUUGAGUUGAGGUCCAACGAGAGCUGGAGCAACAAGGAUGAGGCGAGCGUUCGGGACCUCGAACACGGCAGCAGCGGCGGGAGCGUUCAUGAACUUGUGGAUGCGAAAAACGACGGCCUGCGCAUUAAUGUCACGAAGGCUUUCACAACAAGUUCCGAGGAGGCCAGCCAGACGCAGGAAAACCAGGCGGCGCAAUACUGGGGCAGGGCUGAGGGAAGCCUCGAGGAUAAUAAGAUGCGGAAUGGCUGGAAGAGGCUAGGGGAACAAACCCGGGGGAUGACAAGAACCACGGUGAUCGCUGAUACACUCUGA